CUUAUAUUCUGCCAUUCAGUUUCGAAGAGUCGCACAACCAGAACAGUUGAUACAAUCUAUCGCCAUCGCCACGCUGUCCUUCGCUGUCUUUGAGUCUGGAUUCUAUUUGUGGACGUGUGUGUGUACGUGUCACACAGUUUUGUGUGUAUAACUAACGGAGGAAGCAGUGGACUUAACAGUCACACCAUGAAAUAUAAUUAUAACGCGCUCUUGCUGGCAACAUUUGCAACAUGGUCGGCAGUGUUCUGUAGCACAGUUUUGGGAACCACAGAGGGCCAGGAAACGCCACUGGCCCUUCCCGUGGCCGAGCAUACGACUUCUCCUUCCGUGCAAGGAGAAGUGUGGGAGGAAGACGACCACGAAGUGCUAAUAAGGAACGAGCGUGGCACAAAGAGUGAUGGCCUUUCAUGCCGCUAUGGUAAGAAUCCCUGGACUGAAUGUGAUACAAAAACCAACACGCGCUCCAGAACCUUGACAUUGAAAAAGGGAGAUCCGGCAUGCGAUCAGACUCGCACCAUUCAAAAGAAGUGUAAAAAAGCAUGUCGCUAUGAGAAAGGAUCUUGGUCUGAAUGCGCCACUGGACAAAUGACUCGAGCCGAUAAGUUGAAGGCGAGCAGUGAUCCCUCUUGCGAAGCAACGCGUGUUAUCAAGAAGAACUGCAAGCCCGGCAAGUCCAAGGACAAGAGUGCCAAGGAGCAGCGUAAAAACAAGGACAAAGCCGCUCGCAAAGGACGCGUUUAAGUGAUUUCAUACAUGAUAAUUUUAAAGCCCAAUGCCCAAUGCCCAAUGCCGAAUGUUGGUUUGUAUCGGAUGUUGGAUGUCAGAGAUGCUUUAAGUUGAAAUUAUUUUUUAAAUAUAUGUAUAACAAGUAAACGGUCAGGUCAGGAUUAACUGUCUGCUAUGCCAUGUAUACCCGUAAGCAUUUUAAUUGAAUGCACAUAUUUGAUUAAAUGUUGUAGUUUGGUUUCCAGCGAACAAAUACACUUCAACUAACUUAAACUGGCAGCAAUUUCAAUUUUAAACAACAUUAAACAUAGCAAACAUUUUGCGGGACUUAGCAUACAUAUGUUACUCGUAUUUAUGCAACGCAGAAUAUAGGAAUAUUCAUUCAAUACCCAUACAUACAAUACAUACAAUACAUACAAACAAACAUACAUACAUACCUACUCAUUUAGUUUAUUCGAAAAGCGAAAUACAUAUACAUACAACUUACAUACAUACAUAUACAAUUUUCUAAAAUUAUUAAAACGGAAAGGGCAAUUGCCAAAUCGGAAGAAAUCGGAAUAAAUCGGAAGGAACCAGACGAAGAAAUACUCGUAUGUAGAUGCAAGCCCCUUAAAUUGUCUAACAGUUUAAAUCGGACACCUUUCAACAAAAUUACCAGAGUUGUUCUUCGAUUGAAUUUCACAUAAUAAUACUAACCGUAAAUACAAACAAAGGCAAACAAUUAAUCAUAUAAUUGAUGUAAAAUGUUGACAAAAUAUAUCAGCUUCUGUAUCUGAUCUCAACAACAAAACAACAAAACCACAAAACACCCAGUCAAAACAAACAAAUAAAAAAUAACAAAGAAAAUGAAAAUGAAAACGAAACAAAUUGGAGACCGUAUAUAAACUUCGUCAUCCAUUCGCUGAUAUUAAUUACAUACAUACAUACAAGAAUAACAAACACUUAGUGUAAAUAUUGUAAAAAAAAUAAUCAAAGAACUUACUAACUACGAGUAUAUUGUAUGUACGAAACAGAAUAUCCGGGAAAAUCCAGGAGAAUCCAGUCAAAUGCAGAAGAAGGACAUCAAAUGAGUAUUUGAGUAUGAGUAUUUGUAUGUGUCGUUUUGCUGCACUGUAGGUGUUGGUAUUUUAAAGUAGUUUAAAUCUAAUUUUCAUUGGGUAAAAUCUAAAGUUAUAUGCCUACAUACUAUAUGGAUGUAUGUGCGUAUCCAAAUUGAAUAUGGUAUGCAAUUAAAAUACAUAUGCGAAUAA